UUCCAACUCCUUUGGAUAUUUCAACCUCAUUGUCCUCUUUGGAGUCGUCUCUUCCUCACCAUCACUUCUCUACAAACCCACCACCCCAACCGCAGUAUUUUAAUCAACCCUACAACUCAAAAACAAGCUUCGGAAAUAACCCAACAAUGUGGACAACAAACGUUGACGGAGGCCAGCAGCGACGGGAUUCACAAUACCGAUUUGGAAUGGGUGAAAAUGGAGUUGAGAGAGGAGGAGGAUUUGGACGAGGAGGAAAUGAACCUUUCAACUAUUGGAGCUUUGUCCCCAAUGAUUCUUACAUGGACACCGGAGUGGGAAGCACUGGUGGAGGAGGAAUUGAAGAGGGAAUACAAGGAAGUUAUCCUCCACCAGGAACUUCUCAUGGAUAUUCCGAUUGGAUCGCCAACUCUUCCACCGCCGCUAAAGCAGGAGCCUCUCAGUGUUGUGUUUGUCGGGCCUGAGUCAGGGACUCAGGCUGCUGCCACAAAUUUUAUUCAAAAUGCCAACAACUUUGAUUACUCUCCCCCACACCAAAACCCUCCUCAAUAUCCCCAACAACAAAACGAACAUUGGAUUGACGGAAAUUUUGGAGAGAACAACACCCACUGGCAACAACAAGAAAAUAACCAGCAGCAGCAAUAUUUUAACUCCGAGCCACACUAUCAGAAUUAUCAGCAACCUUAUGGCACGUUUAUAGGCGAAGAGGAGUAUAAUGAGGAUAUGGGGACUAGUACCAUCCCAACAGUCUCUUCAACCUCACCCACAGCUAGCGCCUUCGAGCCUUUGAGUGUAUGCUCCUCUGCCUGCACAUGGAGUUCAGGAGGAGGAGGUGAAUACUCUUCUUCCUCACAAGAUGAAAUUUAUGAAGAAAUCCAACGAGAAUGUGCAGAAAUCGAACGGAGAUCGUUCUCGCGUUCACCACAGGAGAAGGGAACAGAAAAGCAAUCUUUGAAGAAUUCUUCAAAAAUUUUGGAAAAAUUACCACGUGCAGAGCGCAAAAAAGAAUUAAACAGAGUUGCUGCAACUCGUUAUAGAGAGAAGAAACGUAAAGAAAGAGAAGAAGCUGUUGGGGAAAUGGCUAAAUUGGAAAGUAGAAAUUCGGCAUUAAAAUCAGAAAUAGCUGCAGUUCGGGCAGAAAUUAAUUAUUUGAAAGGGUUGGCAAAGGAAAUUGAAACUGUUAGGCGUACUAAGAUAAUAAGUUGA